CCUAAGAACAGAAGUAAAAAAGAUAAAUAUUUUCAAUUAUUACGUAUAACAUGCGUGUUUUGUUGCUUUUGGCCCUGUUGGGCUUCGUCGUGGCGAUAACGGCCAUACCUGCUUCUUUGGAGUAUUCUGAACGACCAACCACUUUAUUAGAUGUCGCCGAUGCUGGAGACUUAAAUUCUAAUAGUGCCGAUCGUUUUGCUCGACACUGGGGAGGUGGUGGAUGGGGUGGUCGCGGAGGCAGCGGCUGGGGAGGUGGAGCAUGGGGAGGAGGCGGCUGGGGUGGACGAGGAGGUGGCGGCUGGGGUGGACGAGGAGGUGGUGGGUGGGGUGGACGAGGAGUUGGUGGUUGGGGUGGACGAGGAAUUGGCGGCUGGGGUGGUCAUGGUGGUUGGGGAGGUGGCGGCUGGGGUGGUCGUGGUAGUUGGGGAGCUGGUCGUUGGGGUUAA